GGGAGAAAGCUGCGGGCCAUGUGACUUAGCUUCCUGCUCUCCUGUUUGUAGGUGGUGUCUUGCAGUCACUGCUUUCCCGACAGGUUAUUGAAAGGCCAUGAAUGAGUUGGGAACAAGAGUCAAGACCAUGGAGUUUGGAAGCUGGAAUAUAUGUGAACAGACGGUGGUGCUGCAGGGAGCCUUCCUACUAGCAGAAAAACUUAUCACUCCAAAAACUUUGUUGGAAGCAAAGAAAUCUGACUGGCUUCUCAUUGAAAAGCCGGUUACCAGUGCUUUAAAGGAAAUAAGCUCAGGCAAUGGUUCGCACAGCCACGAAUGGAAGAAAAGAACCAUUGCUAUGCUUUGGGCCAAAAUUCUUUCUUGCAGGCCUGGGUUGACUGUAAAUUCAGACACUGACAUUGAGAGGAAAUGGAAAGAGGAUGUUUUUUUUCCAGUGGAAAACCUUAUCCCGAAAAUAAAUCACACAGUCUUCUUUGAACUUCUUAAAACAACCAAAUCAGCAAACAUAUUUGCAGAGUUGCUCAUAGCGCUUCCUACAGAUUUUUGGGUUGAAGAAGUGUCGAUAAUUGUGCAGCAUAUUUGCGAUGAGACCUCUUUGGAGGAUGUUACUUUCUUUUUGGAUUUGUGGUGGGAAAUCAUGAAAAGCAGCAAUAAUCAACUGGAUGAGACAUCUGUGUUAUUUUCUUCUAUUGCUUCUAGUUACCUUUUACAGAUGUCCAAUGAAUCUUGCCCAAGCUCGAAGCGAUUUAAGCAUGAUCCAGAGCAGACACUCACUCCUGCUGACAAAAUUCUUACAGUCUUUCUAGAAGGUCUUCAUAAAAUUAGGCAGCACAUAGAGAAUAGCAAGCUGAAAUGCUACACCGUUGCAAACUUGGCAGAAAUGUUAUGUUCCUCUGCUUUCCUAGAGAAGGAGUUUGAAUCUCUUCCCGUAAGGCUGUAUUUGGAAAAACUUGCUGCUAUCGUUCAUUUUCAUAGCACAGGAGCCAAAGAUCACAGCCUCUUGGAAGUGAUUCGAGAAGGAGAGAGGAUCAUACAAAGUGGAAGUGCUGCUUCAAAGUUUAGAUUACUACGAGGUGCUCAACAUUUUGGCCUCGAUAUUCUUAAAGAUCUACUUCUUCAAUGGGGAGACGAGUUACAAAAUUAUAUAAAUGAUGGCAAAGAGAUUAGCUAUGAAGUCUAUAGAAUGGCAGAGAGUAUUUCAUCUUUACACAAAAUCUUGAUUGUAUCAGAGAAUACAGAUACAUUUCCAGAGGAACAGAGAGGCAGUGCUUUAGAACUGGCAGAAUGUAUUUCAAGACUUCUAGAGAAACCCUCAAAUAUUAUUUUGACUUCUAAUUUGAACGAUAGUGAGAUUAUUGCGUCAAUUGCUAUGAAAAUAAUUGAUGAUAAAGCGGCACGUUACAAAGAAGUCUGCUCCGUUUUUGCUUCAGAGACCACUUGGGCUUUUUCUCGUGCUUGGAUAAAUUGUCUUACAAAGAACAAAGCCCACUUUAAGGAGACUGACUUAAUAUUUAUAUUGCUGCAAACUGUAGUAAAUGCUGUUUCUACACAAAGCAAUGUUAAAAUCAAAGAAGUACGUCAAGUUUCAGAGGUAAUUUUAAGCCUCUUUUUGGAAAUUUCUUUAGCAGAGAAAGAUACUUUGCUGAUGAGAGUUUUAUCUUCAUGGGGCAAUAAAGGACUUUUGCACACUAUGGAGGCAUUCACCGAUAAUUUCCAGGAAGAGCUUAACAUAACUUUUAAUCAAAUUUCUCAAAGUGUGACUGACUUCAGUGUUAGUAAAGCAGUUUCUCGGGUAGCCAAACUGGCGUUGUUGAACCCCGAAGCAGUUGUAAACAAAGCAUGCCACUUUGCAGUGGUCAACGAUGGUGCUCAUAUAUUUUUAGGCAAAAUUUUGACUUCUCUCCCUGCCUUACGUUUUAAGGAUUUAAAUAAUGCAGAAAACUCUAGCUCUUUAUUAACUCAGUGCUUAAUGGAUACAUGUUGGGGGAAACUUUCAUCUGUAAAGGAGGAGAACCAAUUCCUAUCUCUACUGACCUAUCUCAUGGAGCCUUCUGAGUCCUCCGAUAAUACUACUGCCAUCAGUCUUCUUCAGCCAGAAGAAGUUGUCAGGACUUUUGUUCUUCCAUAUAUUUUAGAGGAAUGUGUUCAUGUUGAGCUGUGCUUACACAUUCUUCAUAAAGCUCUAUGUGCAAAACCUGUACAGACAUUUGGCAAACACUGGGUUUUGUCUUGUUCUCCAUUUCCACUUCUUUUGUCUCUUUGUAAACUUCUUAACAUCUAUACAAAGUACUGGCAGCCAUCUGAUAAACCAUAUUGCCUUACCCUGGGCUCCAAAGAAUUAAUUGUUGACAUAAUUAAACUACUGUGUAGUGCAAUCAUGCCAGAAGCUGAACAUGCCCUGGAAACAUGGAACAAGUCUCUAUUUUGGCUACACAGAAAAAUGGAGCAUUUGGAUUGGGUAGUGUGCAUCAGACUGCAUCCUAUUUAUGGAGAGCAUUUCAAAAAAGAAGUUCCUGCUUCGUUAUUUGAGCUUUGCAACCUAUCCGAGAACGAGUGGACAGCACUUGACUUUCCAGAGUAUGGUCUUGGUACAGGACUCUUAGCAUGGUUGGAAUGUUGUUGUAUCUCAGUUGAGAUGAAAGACCAAAUGCUCUCCCUUCUGUCCGUCAAUACAGAAAACCCAGAAGAAGUCAACCUGUUUAGUAAAGGGUUCCUUGUAGCAAUGAUCCAGGUCCUACCAUGGUGUUGUUCAACGGAAUGCAGUCUUCUGAUCCAAGUGGUGUGUGACCUUCUGCACAGGCAAAUACUCCAUGUACCUUACACUCUGGAAUACGUGCAACAUAUGCCUCUUCUGAACCUGCGGCCUUUUGCAUUCAACCUUCAGUUCUCCAUUCUCCUACUUCGAGGAUUCCAGCUUCUCUGUAGCUCUAGCUGUUCCGAAUGGCUUUCUCAUGAAGGACACAAGCAUAUUGCACGACUUUACAGUUCUUGUAUAUCUUAUAUACUGGAUACAGUCAAGCAGACCUUGUCGGGGUGUAACCUCCAACUGCAGCAAGAAGGGAAAGAAUCAGAUUAUGUACAGGAAGUCUUAUUCAUUUACACUCAGGUAUUCUGCCAUGUGCUCCAUAUAAUUGCCAUGAUGCCUGACAACACAUGUGAACCUCUUUACAUUCUGUCACUUGAAAUUCUCUCAUUGUAUGAAACCCUGAGAUCAACAGACACUUCUACAAACUGCUUGCUCAGAAGAGCCAACGAGAGACAUUUCUUGAAGUCUAUUACAGAGAAUGUGAGUAAUGACCAACAUCGCAUUACUUUAAUGCAGAAAAUUGGCAAACUCUAGCGGGCGAUAUCUGCAUUCCCAGGUCCUCAUGCACUGGUAUUGUGGAAUAUGUUAUUCCUCAUUAACUCUUUCAGAGUUAGGUUAUGCAGUUACUGGCCAUCAUUUGGUUUAGGAUGCUACCAAAAAACAGCCAUCAUAGCUAAUACAUUUUUCUAAAGAAUUCUGCUUAAAUGUAUUUCCAGCUGAUGUAGAGAUAUGCAAUCUUGAGACGUAUGUAGUGUGACUUAUACUUCUAUAUCACAGUUAUGUAAUAGUUACACUACUGGGAUCUGCUGCAUGUUGGUACCAUGUCUUGGUACUUCCCCAAACACUUGAUUAUACAAAGAUUGCACAAUAAAUGCUUUAAAAAUGAAACACCGUAUUCAUUUGUUUUAAUAAUAAAAUUAGCUUGGUACCAUCAGUGUAGUCCUGACAUUAUGAACCUACUGACAGGAAAACUGCUUUAACUCAACAUCUUAGUCUGCCCGUCCUUUAUAUUUCAAUGGCAUUGUGGUACAAAUACACAAUUCAUUGCUUCACACUAGCCACUGCGCAAAGCUGCAUAAAAGUAUGGCGGGAGAAUGCAUUGACAUUCAUGGCAGCAGUCUGAUAGGAAGAGACACAAGCAAUCUUUAGAUAUGCAUAUCUUUUUAAUGGUAACUGCUACCAUAAUUUGCAUACUUGUCUCAUUUAAACCUUUUGAUGGUCGGUCCAUUGUAUUGAUUUAUCUGUAGAAUAGAGUGGGUUUGUAGUGAACUGGAGAACUUGUGAAAGCUCUAGAUAUGUAAACGUUUCCUUUUAGAUGGCAAAACACAGCUUAUGCAUAUUCUUUCCACUCCAAGAGUAAUAGAACAUUAUACCAUUUUAGUGAUAGUUGUAGUGUGUUCAUGUCUAACCUAGAUGUUAAAUCGUCAUGCUUGUAAGCUUCUUUUACUCUUACAUGGCUUAAAGUGUAGAAAAACACUAGUUUCCACAGUAACAACAAUGGCCCAAAAACGCAGAUGGUUAUUAUUUAAGCUAGUCUAAAGUCUAGUCUCUUUAAUUUAAAACAGAAUAAGUACAUUGUGUUAAUGUUAAAAAUUAAUUGUUUUUGAACUUUCAUAGUCCAAGAUUCCAAUGUCUAGAUUAAUAAAGUUGUGUC